ACACCGUGGAAUAUGGCCUGCCUCUGGACUCAGCUGAUAAGAACAGAGUUCAACAAAACAAAUUCAUCACUCCCUCAUUUUUCAAAUUUAAUCCAAAAAUGAAGUCGUCUUCUUGUAAUUCAGUAGCUCUAAAUCACUCUCUUCCUCAAUUCAAACACCAGAACACCAUAACAAAUCCGAAACGUUUCACUUCAAUUCCAUUUCAUUCCCCAGCUCCCUCUCGUUUCUCCGAUCCUCGAAACGCUAAUUCAUUACAUUUCCGGCAGUUACAAUAUCAUAAUUCUGCUAAAAGAAACCAAUUCUCUCGAGUUAGGGUUUCAUCGGAAGAUGCCGCUGCUAAAUUCAGUUCGUUAUCUAAAGAAGAAGAGGUAAUAGAAGGAGAAUCAAGUGGUAAUUUUAGAGAGUUUAUAACAUCAGAGAGAAUAAAAGUAGCAGCAAUGCUUGCAUUAGCUUUAUCUCUAUGUAAUGCAGAUCGCGUUGUUAUGUCUGUGGCUAUUGUUCCUUUGUCUCUUGCUCAUGGUUGGACCCGUGCUUUCUCUGGGAUUGUUCAGUCUUCUUUUCUGUGGGGAUACUUAAUUUCGCCCAUAGUUGGGGGGACUUUAGUGGAUCAUUAUGGGGGUAAGGUAGUUAUGGGAUGGGGAGUCGCCCUGUGGUCGUUAGCUACCUUUCUUACUCCCUUUGCAGCUGAAACUUCUUUGUGGGCUCUAAUGGCGAUGCGAGCCUUGCUUGGCAUUGCAGAAGGUGUGGCUCUUCCUUGUAUGAACAACAUGGUGGCGAGAUGGUUUCCGCCGACGGAACGUGCCAGGGCUGUUGGAAUUGCGAUGGCUGGAUUUCAGCUUGGAUGUGCAAUUGGACUCACGCUAUCCCCAAUCCUAAUGUCACGAGGUGGUAUAUUUGGGCCAUUUGUAAUUUUUGGUCUAUCUGGAUUCCUUUGGGUUUUGGUUUGGUUAUCUGCAAUAUCAAGCUCCCCCGACAGAAGUUCUCAGAUAUCAAAAUGUGAAUUGGACUACAUUCUAAAGGCAAAGAAGAAAUCUUACCCAGUUGAGAAUACACCAAAGACAACAAGAAUGAUCCCACCUUUUAAACGCCUGUUAUCUAAAAUGCCUACAUGGGCUCUAAUUGUUGCAAAUUCCAUGCACAGCUGGGGAUUCUUUGUCAUUCUUUCGUGGAUGCCUAUCUACUUUAACUCGAUUUAUCAUGUCGACCUCAAACGAGCAGCAUGGUUUAGUGCUGUUCCAUGGAGUGUUAUGGCAUUUAUGGGAUACUUUGGUGGCAUGCUGUCAGACUUGAUGAUAAGGAAUGGCAUAAGCAUUACUUUGACUCGCAAGACCAUGCAGUCAAUUGGUUUUAUUGGCCCAGGGAUUGCUCUUAUUGGUUUGACAACUGCAAAAAGCCCACUUGUUGCAUCUGCUUGGCUUACAGUAGCAGUUGCCUUGAAAGCUUUUAGUCAUUCUGGUUUUCUUGUGAACUUUCAGGAGAUCGCUCCGAAGUAUUCUGGUGUCAUACAUGGAAUAUCAAAUACUGCUGGAAGUUUAGCUGCCAUAGUGGGAACUGUCGGAGCUGGUUUCUUUGUUGAUCUGGUUGGCUCUUUCCAAGGAUUUCUGUUGCUUACAUCACUUCUAUAUUUUCUCUCUGCCACAUUCUAUAUUAUCUUUUCUACUGGAGAAAGGGUGAAUUUUGAUUAAUUGGUUAUCAGAACAAGUUAUGCCCUUCACAAAAUACUAGACAAGAUUUGGAUUAUACAAUGCGGUCUGUUGUUGCAACAAAGAGAGCUGUUCAAGGUAGUACAGAAGUUGGGGUCAUACUCUCAUGCACAGGAUAUAGAGUUUAGAUUUUGCUUGUUUUGACUUCUGUUUUGCCUGUUCUGUAUGAUAUCAAAGAAAAUAAGAAAUGUACAAGGCUAUCUUUGUAGCCCCUCGAGUAUAUAGUUCACUGCUUCAGGUGUGUCAGAGUUUCUGACUCGACACAAUUAGCAAAGUUCGUGCGAGGAGGUAUAAUUCUAGAUUUGCUCAGUAAUACCAUCUUGACAUUUAUUUUGUACAUCUGGGGGCUAUGAUCAUAUGGAGGAGUAUGUAAUCUCCCGGCAGCAUGGUUGUUCGA